UACUUAACACCUCGGGUUCAUGGGUGGCGGAGGAGCAAUGAGGACGGCCGCCAAGUUUGCUGCUGCGAUCAGGGGUGCGCAGUCGGUCUGGAGCGCCUCGCGGCCCGUGUCUGCAGCGCCAUGGGAAGUGAGUGACUGGGAAGACGCCGCUGGUGGUGAUGGACUUGUUAUAGAUGACUGUGAGGUUAUGCCGCCAACAUUAGUGUUUGGCGGUGUCCCUAGUUUGCAGGAGGCCCAGGCAGCCACCACGGAACUGAAACAUGCUAUUGAUAAGAUAUACCAGCCUUCCAAUUCUGCUGAAUGUGAGGGUUCUUCUCCAUAUAGUCAAGUCUCUGCUGUUCAGUUUCCAUAUAAUUCUGGAUUGGAAACAGAAUCUCGUGUCAUUGAGGCUAUUUCAAAUCCUCCAGUUCCAAACCAUGCUCUUCAGGCUUUUCAGUUGCUUAGUGCAAGUCCUGAGGCACAGAAUGCUGUUGCUUCUAUUGCUUGUGACCCGAAUAUAUGGAACGCAAUUGCGCAAAAUCCCACGUUACAAGAUUUCUUCCAAUCACAGCACAUAGAUUUUGCUGCAGUUUCUGGUUUUGAUGUAAAGGGAGCUCUUGAAAAAGCUGGAGAGUUACCUGAUUCUAACUCAGGAAUUGAUUUUGUUGAUUUGUUAAGAGUAAUCCACAAUGUCAAGCUUACCGUAUCUGAAAUGGUAAGCAAUGUGUCAAACUACUUUCAUACCAUAUUUGGGCUCUCAACUCUUCAAAAUUUGUCUGCUGGUGCUGAUGAUCAUGGAACAACAACAGCAAACUUCAAUGAUCACAUAGUCAUGGGAGGAACUUUUAUGGGGUUGGCAAUAUUAGUCGUGCUGGUGGUAGCUUUGAAACGAGUUUAAGAGAAUUACACUAUGUAAUAAUUUUUUGAAGUGUUCAACUCAAGGGAGAUAAGAACCAAAUCUGAAAUGCUCUCAAGUUUAAGCAAUAUAUCUACCCUUUUUUCCCA